AUGGAAACCAUCAGAGUGAGAAUGAAUGUUGGGAUACUUCUCCUCUAUCUGACUUUGGCUGCUAUUUCCCUCACUCAUUGUGAUGCAGUUAGAUCAAUGAGACUAUUGAAAGGCCCAAAACAUAGAAGAAAUAUAGUCAACAAGAAUCCAAAAAAAUUGAAAAUGGUUAAGCAUUUAGAUGGAAAUCCAACCAUAUUCUCAUCAAAUGCACAACCCUAUAGUGUUAGCUCCCCAUUCUCUUUGCCUCCUUAUGAAUCACUAGCUCCAAUCCCAUUGCCAGAAAAUAGUCCUCCAUUUUGUGUGUUUCCACCACCUAAUAGUGAUACUCCUUCAACCACCUUUCCAACACCCACAGGCUCCCAACCAACAAUACCAUCACCUCCUUCCUAUUACAUUUCACCACCUUCAACCCCAAUAAUUAUAAUACCAGGCCCACCAGGCUUUUUACCCACACCAACCCCUGAAAUUGUUCCAGGCCCACCUACUAACAUACCGGGCUCACCUGAACCUGUAACGAAUCCUCCCAUCAUCAUUCCAGGCCCACCUGAGCCCUCAAUGGGCCCACCUUAUUUUGAGCCCGGCCCACCUUACUUUGAGCCCAGCCCACCAUUCAUCCCUUCCCCUUCAGGUGGAACAAUCCCAAGCCCACCAAGCUAUGUUCCAAGCCCAACAGAAGGCACAGUUCCUAGCCCAACUGUGUUUCAGCCACCUGUGGUGUACCCACCACCAAGUGUGCCACCACCACCCAACUAUGCCCCAAGGGCCACCUUGUGGUGUGUGGCUAAGCCUUCAGUCCCAGACCCAAUCAUUCAAGAGGCCAUGAAUUAUGCUUGUUGGUCAGGAGCAGAUUGCACCUCAAUUCAGCCCAAUGGGCCCUGCUAUGAGCCCGACACCGUAUUUGCACAUGCUUCAUAUGCUUUCAAUAGUUACUGGCAAAGAACUAAAGCUGCUGGUGGCAAUUGCGAGUUUGGAGGAACAGCCAUGCUGGUUGCAGUUGACCCUAGCUACGAUGGGUGCCGCUUCAUCUCCAACUAA